AUGGAAUUCGGACUGGGCACCGCCGGAACGGUGAAGAUCAUUCCGGCCACGGCGUUCCGCGACGUCUCCGCCGCCUAUCACCAACAACACCAGUAUGACCCUUCCUAUCCUCAGGUAUUCCGUUUCUUUUAACUCCAAAGUCAAAAACCUACCUGCUCGAGUCGUAUGAAUGCUGGCUAACUAAAAGUUUUUUUUCCCGCUGUACUUGUCAUUCAAAGUUCGAUUCUUCAUGCUGUAGUGCCAAAUAGGAAGUCGGUUCCUUUAGGAAAAGUCUGGAAUAAAAAAGGGUUGUUUUACUUUUUAACGUUUCAAAGUGAGUCAUAUGUUGGAUAACUUUAACUUCUUCUUCUUCCACUUCUACGCUUCCAAUCCUUUUUAGUUUUUUUUGUGGUCAAUUCUUUCAUAUGUUGUUCUAUUUAUAUCUUUACACGUUUCGAAAUUAUUAAUAACGUCUCAAUCAGUCAAAAUAACACCUAAUUGAAUAUCGAACCAAAGAAAAGUACCUGGCCUAGAAAAAAGUUUAAAGUAUUCAGAAUGAAAACAGUGAUGUCAAAUCGAAUUUUCGCAAGAACUUUUAUUAUUUUUUUUCAGUGAGUCAUGAGAUGAAUCGAAAUCUCUUUCGAAAAACGCAAUUUUUUUGUUGCCGUGUCCAAAGUAAUUUCACGAGUUCAAAAUGGCCGCUAGAGAGUGAAAAAUAUAACUGUAUUUCGAAAAUCAAAGAAAAUUUUUAAUUUCGCGAAAAUUACUUUGAAAACGGCAUGUGGGAUGGCGCCGCAGUGCAUGCACACGACACACUACACUUUACGGAAAAAAAAAAUGCGUGGGGUGGCGUAAAAAACGCUGUGUCAAAAAACAGAUUUUUUUCAGUUAAGGGCUCGCGAAGGACUUGGAUAGAUAAACUGGUUAGCAAUCGUAAAAUUUGCUCCUAAUCAAGCUAUUUCACCGUUAUUAUGUUAGAGAGCUUCUUAUAGCUGAUUCACGGCUGACUUGAGCCAUCGGAAAAAGGGUCCUCACGGUGUUUUUUUCAUUACGCAAGGUCAUGACUUUUCGUAAAUUAUGAUGCUUAGGGUGUAAGCACACCGAGACGCAAUAUCGCAUACUCAAAAAAUUUUUUUUUCAAUUUUAGAAUUUGCGAUUUCAGGAUAAUAGCUCCUGAAAUGUUCGAAAUUUGUCAGUUUGAAGAAUAUGAUGUGAAAUAAACAUUCACUUACGUUAAAAAAACAUUUAGGAACGAUUUCAAAAGGGGAAAAACUCUAAAUUACUGAUUACAAAGUAAAAAAACAAAAAAAUAAUAUGUAGGUGAAGCAGCUCCCAUUGAAUAAGCAUUUAUAAAUACGAAAAAAAUAUUGAAAUGAGGAAAAAUUCGAGGAGCAAAUGAAAAAACAUUUUAUAUACCUCGAAAAACCUAGUUUCAGAAAAAAACAUAUAAUGGAUAGAAAGCAGAAAUUUUAGAAAAAAACCUCGUAUGGCGAAAUUUUUUUGUUUAAAUCCGAAAAAAACCAUCAAAAAAACUAGAAAAAAAUAUAAUUUAGAUGAUGCAUAUAUCAAAAAUCAUUAAACUGCAUCAGCAAAUUCAAUUUGGCUCUAAUUUACACGAAACCGGUUUUUAAACUACGUCAAAGGAACUAGAUAAUAACUUUUUAUUAUUAACUGAUUAAAUUAAAAAAACUAUAGUUUCCGAAAUAGAGUGACUCUUUUUCAUGUCGCUAAACAGAUUUCAAAAAUUUUUGAAAAAAAUUAGGACUUUUUAGAAAAAAAUCUUCAGCUCUUUUGAGAAAAAUAGUUAAAGAUCUGAAACCGGUUUAGAAAAAAAUGCGCAAUUAAAAAGCUCCACAAGAUGUACCCAUAGAGAGGCGGAUCACAUAAAUGCAAGAAAUAGAAAAAAGUAAAAAACCAAGGAAAAAAGUGAAGAAAUUCAAUUUUUGCAUCAGGAACCAUGAGAAGGGCGCAAUAAUGCGCCACGGAUAAUAUGCCGCUGGGACCCAAAAUUUCGCAUUUUUUUUUUCAUUGCGCGGAACACCGUGUCCUGACACGAUAAGAAAAGAGACAGUGUCUGGUUAGUGGAGAGUGCAGACAGGCCACGCCCCCUUAGCGUCUUAAGCUAGCCGUGAAUUACUUAUAUAUUGAAGGUCAUGGAGCAAACUUAAAACCAUCGAAUUGACCUAUAUUUGGAAAAAUUUGGGAGAAACGUUGGAGGCUUUUGAAAACCAUUCAAACGUUGAAAAUGGAACUUUCGAUUUGGGACACUUCUUGGACAUUUGAACGAGUUCAUAUUUUCUAACCAUUUCGGCAUAGCUCUUGAAACUGCAGUAUGGUUCAAAACAAAAGGCCAUUGCGAGGGUUAAAAGCGCAGAAAAGGCGAUUAUUGUCAUUUGUUGGCGGGAUUAACAGGCGCCUCUCGAGUGGCUGGAGGGCCAAGCUCGGAAGGCAUGCCGAGUCCACUUUUGGCGCGGCUCCAUCUCUUCCACAAACAUUUUGUCCUUUCGGUUUGUACACCUGUAGCCCUCCCUCCCAUUUUCUGGCCGAGACUUCUGUGGUUACCUCCGACCUCGGUUGUUUACUUUUUCGUCUUCUUCAGGGCGCUCUUAUCUGUAUUUUUUGGUUCAACUCGCUUCCCAUCUUUAUUAUUUUCGUUCUUUAAUCUUUCUAUAUUGUUUUUCUGCUGAGAAAUAGUAUUAGAAAAUUCUGAAAUUUUUCAACUUAGAGCCAUUUUUGGAUUUUCCCUUGGAAGCGUUCUAGGCGAAUUUUUUUUUUCAAGAAGCAAAUUACUGAGCUUUUUUCAGCCCUUCUGUGUAAGAGUCUCAUCAGAAAUCCUCAAAAGUUUAAAUUCGAUGGGGUUUGUCCGUCGGGCUUGGGCUGGCCCGGGCUUUAGGCUUUAUUUUUUUGCAGUUAGGCAGACUUGGGCGGACCCGGCUUCGAAAAGGAUUUGAAUUCCUUUCAUCAAAAAGUUUGUUUUUCAUCUUCAAAAAAAGUCAUAGUUGGUGUCCAAUUUUCAGUGAAAAAGAACCAAAAACGGGAUUUUUGACAAAAAAAAAUGAUUGAUAUUUGACUUGAGGAAAAUUUGCACCAGCCCGGCCGUUUUUGCUUGAGGCCUCUCUAAGGCCGGGCCGGGCUUAAAAAAAUUAUUUCAAAAAGCUUUUCAAUAUUUAAUUAUAAGAACAGUACCAUUCUGCUCAACAUGGGUGGAGAUUGUGAGAAAAAAAAACAGAAAUUGUGAAAAUAAAAAUUUUUCUAAUGAUGUUCCAAAAUGCAUAGUUUGUAAGACACCUUAAAUCUCAGUCUGAAACUGUUUUUACAAAUUUGAACAAGGACCAUAAGAAAAGUCUACUCAGCCAACUUAAAACUUGAUAAGGAGACUUUCCCUUCGGAAGCUCUUUGCAUUUCGAAGAUUCUAUUCAAGUUCUAACAAGGGAGGUCAUUUCUCUUUGUGGUUGGGAAUUUCCUGAAACUGGCCAGAGUACUCCUUGAGGUGCCGGAAGAAGAUUCUUAAAGUCUCAACCUGCAAAACUUCCUAGUUUUCGAGAAAUAGCCCCAAAAUAGCUCAUUUCAAUGGAUUUUUUGGGUUUCCCUUUGGUUUCCCAAGUUGUGCAGAUUGAGACUUUCAGAAACUUCAUCUGCUAGCUGAAGGAGUGUUCUGGUCAAUUUUCGGAGAAUUCCCAACCGCAAAGUAAAAUGACCUUCCUUGUUACACGUGAAAAAAUUUUCGAAUCUCAACUUUUUUUUUCGAAUCACGAUCGAAAAGUUCAAUCUUUCUAGAUUUUGAGCUUUGCAUUUUUCAAUCUUUCCAAAAAACCCGCUUUUUCAAAUUCAUGACUGUGCAUCUUGGUCUAGCUGCCAGUCAUGGACAAGAAAAACAACAGAUCUGACAUGCUGCAGAAUGAAUGAUUUGGUCGCGUAAGCCGAAAUACCUCGAGACGUACUCGAGCGACCGCAGUCUCAGGUUGUACGAACACGCCGAGUGUUUGAACAAAGCGUUUGCAUAUUCCGCCACGCUCAGCCCGUUCCAGCAUAUCACCUAAACUUACGUUCCAACCUUCUCGCCCCCUUUUUUCUUUUGUUUUCAUCAGUCAAGGCCUCUCCAAUGGUUCAUUAAAUGAUAUCCUCAUCCUCUUCUUCUUCAUGAUUUUCUAGGACCUUUCUAUUUUAUUGAAGCACCUGUAAUUUAUUAUUUUUUGGAUAUUUUUCAAGAUUGCUCGACUAAUUUUUUUUCUCCAAUACUUUAUCAGGUCGAAUUACAAAGAAAGCUUUUUUUUAUGUACUGAAAAUGAAGAUUUUCGGUACCAAAACCUUUUGAAAUCCAUAAGAAUGUGAAAUUUUUCAUCACAAUCGAUAUUGCUUUUAGAAAGGUUAUACUUGAGGUUGAAUUAUUUUUUUUAACUUUCUGGGAUUCCAUUUUGAAAGAUUCAAAAUAAUUAAGUUUUUCAUUACAAAGAUUGGUCAAGAGAUACUUUUUUCGAAGAAUUUUUCAAGCUAAAAAGGAAAAUUCAGAACUGAGACCGUAUGCAAUAAAGUGGAAAACGAUUUUCCUGGGAAUAGAAAAGGCUCCAAACUCACUAUUAAUUCAUUGUUUCCGACUUUUUCUUAAGAUUCACACAGGCAAGAACAAAGUUAAAAGAAAAAAGACUAAUUCAAGCCAUUUAGAAAAAUCAUUUCCCAUUUUAUUGAAUACGGCCUCAGUUCACAGAUGGAUUAACUGUCGAGAAACUGAGGCCGAGCGGCUUCUCCGCGCAUUUCGCCACUCGUUCGUGCCAAGUGCUCAAUGUCGUCAGGCUCUUCAGCCGCGUUUUCCUGUCCGCUUAUCGUCCCAAAAGCCUUCCUAAACCUUGUUUCUACCUUUUCCGUUUCCGAUAUAUCAAGUCGUGUAGAGUGACCGCGCCAAACUCUCGUAUCAAUUUUGUUUCUUUUUGAAGAUUAUGAACUUAAUUUUCGAGUACAAAAGACUUACUGAAAAAGAAUAGCCAGUUCAUGAAGAAUAUUAAUAAUAAGGAAAAUACGUUUGACCAAUGCCGCCCAUGUAAAAAGAAAGUAGUAAAAAAAAAUACAUUAGUAAAGCCGGGUAUGAUCUGAAUAGGUCCACCCCAACGAGUCUAUCCUAGCCGAGAUUUUAAAAAGAAUUAAAGCAACGGGAGAGUUCCCAAAAAACGGCAUUUUUAAUUUUUAAUUUUUAUUUUAUGAAGCAGAAUCUACAGUGAAAAUAAUUAAAUAUUUUUCUUCAAUUAAUUUUUUUUCAAAUCUGCAAUUUUCACUCUCGUUUCGGCUACAAAAAACAGAAUGCAACAAAAAUUACACCGGCAUUUGUUCAAGUUUUAUAUUUUGUACGGUUUUGAACGUGUUUCUGCUAAUAUUUAUGAACAUUUUUUUGAUGAUUUGCAUAUAAAUCUCGUGAGAAAUAAUUUUAUGAAGUUGUUUCCAGGCCCCAAAACCCCUUUUAAAAACCCCAUUUCCAAUGGAAACUGGGAAGUUUCAUAAACACUAAAAACCAAGUAAAAACUGUUUAAAAUCGAAAAAGUAAAGGAAUAAAUUUUUAAAGACGAUGUGCAGUUUUCGUCGCAUUAAAACCGUUUUGUUAAAACUUGAAACAGCUGUAUUUUCUACGUGCUUUUUUUUCUCGUGUUCAUGUUGAAUUUUCAAUUUCGGUUACCUGAUGUCUUCAUACGUACGGACUCCAUUUUCCGAGACCUCCCGAGUUUUUUCAAAUUAAUGUCACUACUACCUCCCUGAAGUUGAAAUUUCAUUUUAGUUCUCAAAAUUUAUGUAAGUAGUAUCUCCCCUCCUGCACUAACUAAGUACUGCUUUCUCGGGCAAAGUCGAAAUGGUGGAGGAUAGCCGCUUAUAGGUUCAAAAAAAGGCGCAAAAAGACAGCAAAAAUAGUCCCUUUUUUGAGCCACCCAUUUUUUCUGGGAUUUUAAAGGCUCAAGGAAUGGUGGAAAAAGGGAGAGACAACAAAAAUGGUGCAUGAGAGCCGAUGAAAUGGCGCAAAAAAGGAGCCUUUGCCCUACUGGGAAACUUUUUAGUUGCCACUAUAGAGGCUCGCCAAAGACUACUCGGAGAGGACACUAAAGUGGCCACUGAACCUACCUCUAUAGUGGCCACUUCAGUAGUUUUUUAUCCAGUAACUCUGAUAAUUAAAAAAAACAGAUUGGACCAGUUAUGUUGAUCCAUUGACCCCUAACGUGGCCACUGGUCUAGUAGUAGCACUUAGACCUCUAUAGUGGCCACUUAUUUUUAACCCCUUAAGUGGCCGCUAACUCGACUACUAUAGUGGCCACUGAUACGUCAAAACCCUAUAGUGAUCACUAAAAUUUUUUCCAGUAAGAAAAACAUUUCUAUAGAGCCCUUUUCGACCAUUUCCGACUUUGCCUAUGUCUUUGUAUUUUCCGUAUUUUUUCUGUGUUCCGAUAGUAACUUCAAAAAUUACUUUCAUGCUCAUACCAAGCUGAAAUGUUGCAGGAGGCUCACGGAUACGGACAUCCGAUCAACGCCGCCUACUAUAUGGGUGGCGUGUACAACCCCGGCUACCUCCACGAGCCCUACGGUCACAACGUCUACAUAGGUAAGGAAAGAGCUUGAGUUCCGUUAGCCAUGGAUCGCGUCAGAUGCACAAUCUUACGGAGAGCAACAGCAGCAGCAGCAGUCAUAUCCGUACUAUGGAUACAACUAUUCACCCUACGCAUACGCGCCACCGACCGCCAGUGCCUAUCCUGGCGCCUACGGACCUUAUCCGGGAGCUUCGGGAGCUUAUCGGCCCUAUCCACAGCCCCAACCGUCUUCGCCUCGGCGUUCAAGGUACAAAGAAUGACGCCAUGUGGUCUCAUCAAGGCUUUUCAGAACGGCUCCUUCGAGACCUCGAUCUACAGUCCCGACGUCGACAGCACACGGCGAGGGACGACGAAGUCGUGGUAUCUCGGCAGAAGCCUUCGACCGUCGACAGUACAAAGCCUACUCUGGUCCUGCGAAAAAGCCGCUGCCGAUUUAUCGGAAAAGAAGGGAACCGACAUCUUCGCGGUACCAGGAGACAGAUUUCGGUGGAGGCACUGGGAUGGACUAUGGCGGCGGCGCCACGUUUGCACCAUACAAUAGGAACUACUAUAAUGAGGUUUAUUCCGGUGGCUUGUUGUAAUUGAAACUUGCACUCACGUCAUUUCUAAGAUCUGAAGAAAAAUUGAGAAGCAGGAAAAAUGUUAUUUUUUUUCUGACUGGGAAACCACUUGGAGUCGUCAUAUUAGAUCACGUCCGAAUUUCUUAAAGACUACUAAAAGGACCUUUGAAAAAUAUUCAAAUUUCUUUCAAAUUUUAUGUGUAUUGCACAUCAGUUCAGCCCGGCCGGUUUGGCACACUGUAGGUUUGAAUUCUGCAUACACCGAUUGCGGUUUUUGGGCGAUAUCUUCGUUAAAAACGAGUUUUUUUGUACGAAAAAAAGAAGAUGAAUUUUAAGAAAAAAACACAAUUUGAAAAACUUAAAGAUGCAAAUUUAGUUUUAAGAAUUAAAUGUUUUCAAACGUUAGCAAGCAUAGAAAAAUGGCCUAAUUUUGGAAAUCCGUCUUUAGUAAGUAAAAAAAUCGUAAUUUCUGUAAUUUUUUUCAUAUGUUAGUGUUGAAAAACAGCCGUUUUAAUUUUAUUAAGAGAAAUUAUGAUCAAAAAUGAUCUAAUGUGGCCAGAGGAGACGGCGUAGUGGGUCCCUGUAGGUCUGAAAUGGCUUGACUGGCAUGUGCACGAUUUGGCGUGAAACAGUAAAGUGUUACAUUUUUUUUCUUGUUCAUAUACUAUACACCGAACAGAAGAAGUAUUCAAGAGAGAAUUUCUAGACUAGCAAACUUCAGAAGUUUCAUAAAACUUCAAGUGAACCGUUGAAAUGUAGUGCAAGGGCUAGAUUCUCACCUCUAGCCUCAUUAUUUUUUUUUCUGGUUUUUCACUGAAAGAAAACUCGAAAUGAGACUAUUUUCAGCAAGUAACGACGCUCCGCCGGUUACGGCCCUUCUAUGCGCCUUCUUACACGACCUAUCCGCCCUCGACGAUGCAUCGGAAGCAGAAAAUGAACACGAAACGAUAUCCAACGUUUGCUCGGAUGGCACUGAAAGCGGCCCAACUGGUGAGGCUCUGCUUCUGGCUUCUACCACCGACUGUGUUCAGAUUUUGGGGGCGGCGGUGAUUGGCUUGGUUCUGGGGCCUAUGAAGGGCAACUCAUUCCACCAGUUUGUCAUCCAGACGAGCACUGAGUGGCAAGGACUCGUCCUCGGCAUCGCCGUCACUUUUUCUAUAUUUUCCGGAAUUUUGCUGCUCACCUCCUACCUCGCCAAUGAUGUUCACAUAUGGCGAAAAGUGGUUUGGUUUUUCUUGUAUUUCCAUAAAAGCCAUCGGUCACGAAUUGAGAAGAUGGUCCUGUCUGAUCAUCUCUUCCUCAAGGGGACCUAGAAAAUUGAAAGACCCGUAAAAUUUUUCGGUGAAGGAUUUUUGAAAAGUAUACAAUUUUUAUCCAAAAUAUUCCAUAUGGUUUUCGCGCCAGCACAGAAAAGUAUAUAUUUUGUAUUUCUCCUGUCUUUAAAAUGGAGGUCAUUUUACUUUGCGGCCGAGAAUUUCCGAAAAAUUUUCCAGAACACUCGUUGAUGUACCAAGAGAAGAAUGUGAAAGUCUCGAUCUUCACGACUCUCUAGUUUUUGAGAAAUAAGCGCUCAAAACCUCAAUAUGGCCUUUUUUCUUCGACUUGAAGGUGUCCUCUCAAAAACUAGGCUUUUGUGCAGAUUAACCCUUUCAGGAUCUUCAUCUGGAAGGGUUUUGACAAAUUUUCAGGAAAUUCCCAAUCGCAAAGCAAAAUGACCUCCCUUGUUUGGAAAGUUUCUCACAUUAUAACUUCAGAAGUAAAUGAUCAGAGAAUAACUCUUACAGGACGCGCUUCUGACGGCGGCCGGAUGUUUCUGUUGGCUGCUGGCCGGAUUCGUCGAGGCCUACUUCGCCGCCUGCUAUCCUCCAAACGGGGCCCGUAUCAAUCUAGUCUGCCACCGUGCAGAGUGGAUCAUCGCUUGUGUUUGUUUCUGCUUUCUUUUUAAAUAAUGUCAAUCUAAAAACUGAACUCACUUCAUUCAUACUCAAGUCAGGAAAAAAUGGCCUAUGAAAAGGAAAUUUUUUCCAGAUACUUUGCUUCAUAAACUUGGUGAUAUUCGUCGCCGACUUCGUCAUGUCGUGGAUGGCUGGCGUGACAAUUCUUUGA